AUGACGUCUAGAGUGCAAACAGCUUUGACGGCAGCUGCAGUUGCUUCAUCUGGUAAAAUGCCGUCUUUAAUUCACAAGCAACGCCAUGGUUCACCUACCGCAGGUAUCUUUACACGCAGUCAGCAGAAACGAUCAUUCAGCUCCGUAUAUUCUGUACGACCAGGAAACAAUGGUACAACAAGCGAUACAAGCUGUGCAUCGUAUACUGAUCGCCUUCAAGUGCAGAAAAUUUCAACGAAAAUGAUAAAUCAAUUCGGGAAAGUCAAUGAACAUGAAGAACCUGUCGCUUUACGAAAGAAAAAUGGUGCAAAACAACAAGCUCAAACUAAUAAGACCGCUGAAGAUUUUCGUCUUUCGUAG